CUGUCCUGAAAGGAGAAUGAAGUUUGUGUGGUUUUCUAUUUUAACAUUGCAGUCUUAAACCUGAAAUCAGUUAGGUUUUCCAAAAUCAGCAAUCAUAAUGUGUAGCUCCUGUGUGUCAUGUGUUAACAGCAAUUAAUUGUUUGAUCACUUUACAUGCAGGCCCCUGAAUGGGACAAAACCCAUGCCUCCCAUUCCCCACCUGCUGCCAGAUAAGGUUGAAUUAAAUUUGACAAAGUGGAGAAAGGAAGAGUGCAAGGACAUGAGGCUGAAUAAAGCAGAUGGGAAGCUUGCAGCAGCUGAUCUUUCAGAGUUAACUGUGGAUGGUGAGGAAGUGGACCAGGAAGAGUUCCCUACAUCCAGUGAUUUACUUCAUUUUCCAGAGUUAAGGCCCUCUCAAGGAGUACCAGUCAGUGAUGAGUUACAUUUUAGUAGAAAAAGAACUUCAGGGAAUUUCAUUCAGAAUAGCAUAGAUUUUAACUCAGAGCAUUCUUCUGUCUGUGCUGGUCCUGUGGGCUCUCAUCAGCCGCAAAUAUCAGGGAAAUGUGGAAAACUUGGAUACACACAGACACGUGGAAAGAGUGGUAGUGUAGAAUCUGAUCUACAAUUUUUAGGAUUAAGUAACUGUCAGCAAGACAAAGGUUGUACCAGCCUAAAUUUUUCCAGCAAGACCCAGAGAAGUUUUUGCAAUCAAGCAGAGAAUACAGUGCCCUUCCAAGGUCCUAAUGCAAGCCAGGGCACCUUCACUCUGCCAACUUGCCCUCUGUCAUCACCCAGGAACAGCCCAAAGCACGUCUUCUCCCCAGCCGACUCUCCAAGGAAGUCACAAGGGGAGAAUUUGCAGGAGAAACGUGCUCCUCUGCAGCUGAAACCCAUCCUGGUGAGGCAGCCAGCCCCCUGCAGGCCCCUGAAUGGGACAAAACCCAUCCCUCCCAUUCCCCGCCUGCUGCCAGAUAAGGUUGAAUUAAAUUUGACAAAGUGGAGAAAGGAAGAGUGCAAGGACAUGAGGCUGAAUAAAGCAGAUGGGAAGCUUGCAGCAGCUGAUCUUUCAGAGUUAACUGUGGAUGGUGAGGAAGUGGACCAGGAAGAGAAUAGAGUUGCGUUGUCAAAAUGUGCCCAGGAUAAGAUGAAGCGGAAUGGAAGAAAAGAAAAGGAAUACAAUCAUAAAGAAUAUCUGGUUGUCAAAGACCUUGGAGGAAAGGAUCAAAAACCUGGGGAAAACCUUGAACCAAAUGAACCAGAGAUAAAGACAGCAGAAAAUGAAAUUUCUGUUAGGGCACAAGAAUACUGUAAAGAAAGGAGGCCAUCAGUCACAGGAUUAAUGAACACAUCGGAACUGUUGCCCUUCUCAAAGCCGGAAACGGCACUGACAGAAGCCUUGACACUUCUAGCUGCAGAUGACUGGGAGAAGAAAAUGGAAGGUCUGAACUUCGUUAGAUGUUUGUCUGCCUACCAUGCGACUAUUCUGACUGCAAAGCUACAUGAAACAAGCAUUGCUGUAGCUCAAGAGAUAUUGUGAGGGAGUUAUACCCACGGAAGCCUAAGAGUGUGGAGCAGAAAGUUCUAGUUGUCCUUUGGCACCUUCUGGAAAACAUGACGAACAGUGGCUCUUUGCCUGGGACUGGAGGGAACAUUCGGACAGCCACAGCAAAACUGUCAAAAGCACUUUUUGCACAGAUGGGACCACGUCUCUUAACUUGUGCUGCAGCUCAGUCACCACACAUCAAGAAGACUUUAGAAGAACUUUUGGAGGCAGAAAGCUAAAUUAAUGAUUCCUGUGCGUGCAUGAAGCUCCAUCAGCUGCUAGGACAGAUGGACU